AUGCACAGCGCGGUCAGGGAAUCGCUACUGUUCCUCGUCGCGGGAGUGCUCGAGAUUGGCGGCGGCUAUGGCGUGUGGGUAUUUGUGAAGAACAAAGACUAUGCAUCGUAUCGGCACAUCCUGUUUGCGGUAUUGGGCUCGAUCGCUCUGGUGGCCUACGGGUGGGUCCAGAGCCUGCAGGCCAUCGAGUUUGGCCGGUUGUUUGCCGUCUAUGGUGGAUAUUUCAUCGUACUGAGUCUGUUUUGGGGAUGGACUGUAGACGGCAAGAAGCCCGACGUGGGCGACUGGGUUGGCUCGCUCAUUGCGUUUGCCGGAGUCCUCGUCAUGCUGUACUGGCCACGACCGGCCACACCGUAACGCACAUACAUGUCGUCCAGAUCCCACAUCGACAGUCCAACGAGUGUAGCGUGCGCAUGGUCUCAUUAACGACUUAUGCACAACAACGACCUUUUCUACUUGAUCAGCGGUUCGUAGCGAAUACGGCGGUUCACGACACGUGGGGGGAUCGACGUCAUGGUCAUUCCGACCACAAUGCGCGGCGGCUCUGUCGUCGAUGGCGGCAUC